CUCAUCUGCCCAACCGUUCCCCGGACUCGUCCCUCCCUCAGAUUGGCUGCUGAUCGAUGCCCUGGCUGUCCCCAGCCCCCUUCUCUGAGGCAGGCUACCUGUAGCCAGGACCAGCAGAAUAUGCUCGCUGUGGUCCUCGCUGUAAUCCUGAAUCAUCUUGAUUGGCUUCUGGCGAGUCUGCCGUCGCCGGUGGUAUCCUGUCCUUCAUGGCCCGAGAGAAGCACCGCCCCUUCGAGCCCACCCUCAGCACCACACUGCAAGCCAGACAGGGCUACGAACAGUCCAGAUGGCUCGGAAGGCUUCGGAGACAUACGGACAUCGAACGAGGUAUGUCUCUCUAGAUCUAGACUGUCGCACACACGGGCUGCUUCCACAAGCAAAGCAUUCGGCCUCGCCUGGGAGUACUACCGGAUGGGAUCCAAGCCACGAUGGUUCAAAGAGGCAGAUGUGAUGGCCACGGAAGAGCAGCCCUCGCUCCGUCUUGUGGUUGUUGUUGGGGCUGGAUGUGGAUGAGACUGGGAAAGCGAAUGGCAGGAUCACCGGCGAUGCGGGUGAGAUGGAUGGCGACGAUUGUCAACAUGCCCAGAUGCCAUCGUCAAGCACCAGCACCCCGGCUUCCACAAGCCAGGAUCGAGAUAUGGCAGUCGAGGGACGGCUUGGCUCUAUCCUCCACCCUGCAUCGGGCCAAUGCGCC